GAUACACUGUAUCAGAACCCAGUGGAACUGAUCGAGUAAGACAAUCUCUCUCCCACAUUACUAUGAAGCCGUUUGUAAUAUUAAUGGUGGCUAUCAGCGCAAUCACGGCAUUUAUAGCGAAUGCGGAAGAAAACAAAGUGUACAGAUGUUGCUGUAAUUGUGGCUGCUGCAAAUGUCGCAGUGAUGUACAGAAGUUAUUUAUCGAUGCAGAGUUAGGAAAUUUGCAUCAGUCAACAGAAACCUCUGCUUACACGAACAUGGAGAAUAAAAAAAACCAUGAAACUCCUGCUUACACGAAUGUGGAGAAUCAAAUAAAAACUGAAACCCCUGCUUACACGAAUGUGGAGAAUCAAAUAAAAACUAAAACCUGUGCUGACACGAACGUGGAGAAUCAAAUAAAAACAGAAACCCCUGCUGACACGAACGUGGAAAAUCAAAUAAAAACUGAAACCCCUGCUGACACGAACGUGGAGAAUCAAAAAAAACCUGAAACCCAGUUCUUCAUAAAUGGAGGAAUACCAAUCCUUGAUUGCUUGCUGUGUAAAGCACGAGCGUGUUAAUAGCGCAAUGAAACUCUUCAAGUCAAAUUAAAGAAUGCAUUCUGUGAAUUCAGAGUCGGCUCUUUUAUCAACUCUUUGCAGCCAAUCAUUAAUUCACCAUUUAAAAUGAAAUGACUUGUGAA